AUGGAGGAAGUCAUUCGCAAAGAGAAGUCCUUCUACAAAUUCGUCGUGGGUGACUUCAACACGAAAAUAGGUAUGUCUACAAAUUCGUCGUGGGGGAGCAUAGGAUUGGGAGAUUUGGAACAGGACUCCUCGACCACAUUCUCACCAACCGAAGGUGGUGCUCCCUGGACGUCUCAGUGGUACCAUCCUUCGGUAGUGGUUCAGAUCAACACCUCCUUCGAGCAAAAGUGCGAUUCAGCCGAAAGCUGGAAAAGAAUAUCUGUCACCGUGAUAGAGGAAGGAGGGAAGACGUAUAUGACGGCGUCAGACUGGAAGAGCUCCUGA